GGAACAGGAAGCGAAGCAUUCAACAUUUGUUGGGCUUCAAGCACCUGCACUAAAUCGUCUUACCGCAUCAGUUUGUAGGGACAAUCUCUGGAUCUACUUCAGAACUUUAGUCUGAAGCUCAAAUUCUAUGUUCAUGCAAUACAUUCUUAAUUGUGUGUUGUUUUUGUGACUGGACAUGUAUUUGGAUUCAUUCACUUUCCUUAUCUAGCGUGAAUGUGAAUGCAUUUGGAGUUAUUUUAAUGCUUUAACAAUUUCAUUUACUGUUACAAAGAAAUGCUAAACAGAGCUCAUUUUGCAGUCCUUACGGUCAUCAGUAUUGUACAGUUUGGAAAUCCACAAGUAUUUGAAUGUCCCUCAAGUUGGUACACCUAUGGAAGCAGCUGUUAUCAGUUUUAUGGUGACUUUCCUAGAAACUACGCCGAGGCCAUGGUUCACUGCUCAGAGUUUGGAGCAGGGCUAGUCAGUGUUGAGAGUAAACCAGAGCAUGAUUUCAUAUCUAAGUGGAUACAGGUGAACGAUAAGUAUUUGCGAGACUGGAUGACCAGUGGUAUUAGAGAGGCCUCAAGGAAAGGUUCUAACUUUGUCUGGAAAGGAACCGGAGAUGACGUCACUGGAACAGAUGUAUUCUGGGAAGACGGUCGGGAUUUUAACAACUCUGUCGGAAUAAUUGUUUACAGAUACUUUGACAGUGGAUAUCGCUGGAGUGUGGGACAGUCUUCAGAUCAACUUCCAUACAUGUGUGAAGUUCCACAGACAGAGGCAUAUCGCAUUGUCCAUGAUUACAGAGACUUUGACUAUGGACUAGAGAAGUAUGAUGCUAACAGUCUAGAACGAGGUCCGCACUUUAUCCUUCAGCCUCAUAGUACUGUGAUUGUCGGUAAACCACCGGAAGUCAUUUUAGAGUGCGUGACGUCUGGCAACCCCCAGCCGACGUACACCUGGUGGAAAGGAGAACAGUUCGAGACGGAAGUGACCUCUGCCCUGGACAAGAGAUACACUAUCACCAAUGGGAAACUCAUCAUUGCUAAUCCAACAGACGUCCUUGACAGUGGGAACUAUAGAUGCAUAGCAGAAAACAAGUAUGGCUCUGUCAUCAGUCAAGGAGUUCUCUUGUCAUUUGGAAGUAUCGGUGAGUUUUCAAAUGUCCCGGAUGCUCCCGUCAAUGUCAAGGCCUUUGAAGGUGCAGCAGUUGAUUGCAGUAAACUUUAUUUUAAGCCAGCGGUCAAAUACAACUGGUACAAGAAAGAUGCUCAGCAGUUUGUCCGGCCGGAAUAUCAGGCCUACAUGUUUAUCUCACAGAAUGGGAAACUUUACUUCUCAGAGGUGACUCGAGCAGACGAAGGUAGCUAUUUUUGUAUCGCUGUGCUGACCGGAAUCAACCAAUACACUAUCGGAACUGACCAGCCGCCGGCUAGAACGUCCUUACCUAUACCACUUGUCGUACAUGAUCAGACUCCUAAAGCUAAUUGGGGGCCAGUCAUACAAAACGAGUUCAUUGCUGUCUUUCCCAAGCCGCCACUUGUCGACCUGGACAUCAGAAUGGAAUGUUUUGCUUACGGCACUUCUAUAACUGAGUUUAAAUACUACUGGAGAAGGGAAAACGGAACCUUGCCCAAACUCUCGUAUCUGAUGGAUCACAACCGUGUGUUAAUAAUACCGAGCGCCACGUUGGAGGACCAGGGAAUCUAUACCUGUACUGUCACACGCAGUUCUAGUGCAAGGGACGAGAAGUCUGUGGAUUUAAAACUUGGAGCCAAACCUUUCUUCAUUAAACCAUUACGAGACCAGCACGCGGACAUUGGCUCACCUUUGACCUGGAGAUGUGAUGCACGUGCAAGCCCAGCAGCAAUCUACCAGUGGUACAGGAAUGGCGAACUAGUGCAGACGAACGAUGAGACUUUUAUUAAGGUGAAUUACAAUGUGUUACUUAUCACUAAACUGGACCCCAAACUUCACAACGGCAUGUAUCAGUGUGCUGCCUCCAACAUCUACGGGACAUCCAUGUCUGAAGGGCAGCUGAGAGUUCUAGCGUUCGCGCCACAUUUUCAGAAAUUCCCGAUGAUGUCAGAGACGCGAGCCUCGCUUCAAGGCAACUUGACUUUACAUUGUCGCCCAGAAGCUGCUCCGUUUCCUGUGAUAACCUGGUUUAAAAAUGGCGUGGAAUUGUCCACUUCUCUCUCUAACAUUGUCCAGUCAUAUAAUGGUCGGCUGACGAUCUUAAAUGUCAAUGCGGCUGACCAUGGAACGUACACCUGUCGGGCUGUUAAUCAGUUUGGUCAAGCGGAAGACAAAACUAAAGUUACAACUAUUGAAGGAACAGCGAUUACAACAGCCCCACAAGAUCAGAUGGCUCUGUUUAACUCCACCACUUUCUUCUACUGCCAAGCUUCUGUGGCUAAAAACACUGAUAUGGUCUUCAUUUGGCACUUCAAUGGUCGCCCCAUUGACUUUUACAGGGAUCCUGAAUACAGACAGGUACCAGGAGAUCAGCCAGGCAAGAGCGGACUUUACAUCCAACAAGUCAACUUCGCACACACGGGGAUGUACGAGUGUCAGGCCAGUACCACAAUGAAUAGUGACAAAAGAGGAGGAUUUCUGACAGUUGUUGGUCCGCCUGCUGAACCUGCAGGAGUACAGGCUGACUCAACUACAGUGACCAACUCCACAGUGCUGGUUAGAUGGACGGAGAACCUCGACAAUGGUCAUCCUAUCACCCAUUACAUUGUUGAGGCAGCCACGUAUUACGAGCGAGAUCAAUGGACUGUGGUCAUAGGGAAUUUGCCUGCUGUCUUGACCAUACACACAACACACGAGAAACGAUACGUCCUGGUGUCUGGUCUACUUCCUGGAUGUGGGUAUCGUUUCAGGGUCACAGCUGUCAAUCAAAUUGGUCACAGUCCACCGAGUAUACCAUCAGGUUAUGUCCAGACACUAAGUGCUCCUCCAUCUCUAGCACCUUUGUGUAUAGGAGGCGGGGACGGUAAGGUUGGUGACCUGAUCAUGACCUGGAAGCCCCUGACUCCAGAACAACAAGGGGGCCCUGGCAUUGGUUACAGACUAUACUGGAGGCGUCAUGGAAUCAGUGAGGAGGAACAAUGGAGUACUGCAGAUGUCGGUGACGUAGGCCGCUAUGUGACAAUAGUAGGGGCAGAGAACUACUUUCUGGAGUAUGACUUUAAGAUCCAGGCUUUUAACAACGCAGGUUUGGGCCCAAACAGUACAGUCAACGUCAUCAUGUCAUCAGAGGAUAUGCCUAUAGCAGUACCCACUAAUGUCAUGGCGGAAGGUUACAACGGAACUGCUAUGGAAGUGAUGUGGACUCCUGUGCCUCAAGUCCGGGAAAUAGCGCGUGGCAAAAUCUUAGGCUACCAGAUUAACUGGUGGCAUUAUACAGAGCAGGCUAUGGACUACAGGGAAUUCAUUCGCCAUUACGGACAGCGAGACUCUGGGUUUGUCAUUGGUCUAAUUAGCGAUAACUUCUAUUACUUCACUAUACAAGUGUAUAACUCCGCAGGCCUGGGACCCAUCUCAGAGUACUACUUUCAAGAGUCUUUGCACGCACCGGCUGCUGGGUACCCAGAAGAGAUUAGAGUCUACUCUGCUGGCAAGCAUAACGGUCACCACGCGGUGGAGGUGUGGUGGAGGGGUAUCCACAUUACUCAACCAGAGGGCAACAUUCACGGUUUUGUGAUCUUCUACUGGCACGCCAACGAGGACUACCGGAGCGCGUGCAGGCACGUGAUCCACGACCAUCACGCCCAUCACGCGCACAUAGAGGUGGAGCCAGGGGUAGUGUACGCCAUACGUGUGGCCGCCUGGGGAGAAGGUGGAUACGGACACAAGUCUCUUACAACAUAUUUUACUAUUGAAGGCAACAAUAUUUUGGUAGACUCUAAGUUGGCAUCAACUGUGGAAGCUUUCAGAUCUACAGCUUCAGUCCUGAACUAUCCACUAUCACUUGUUUACAUAGCAACUGCAACGACUGUGUACUUGUAUAUUUUAUCUGUAAUGAACUGGUCAACGUUGUAGCAUACGCCAAUGAUUUUACAGUAAACAAGAGAUUUUUUAAAAUGGAUAUCCGUGAAUUGUAAACGUGAUGGAUAAAUGGAUAUUUUUUUUCAUUUUUGUAGACUUUGUUACGUGGAGGAUGAAUGUAGUCAUUUUUGUAGACUUUGUUAAGUGUAGGAUGAAUGUAGUCAUUUUUGUAGACUUUGUUAAGUGUAGGAUGAAUGUAGUCAUUUUUGUAGACUUUGUUAAGUGUAGGAUGAAUGUAGUCAUUUUUGUAGACUUUGUUAAGUGGAGGAUGAAUGUAGUCAUUUUUGUAGACUUUGUUUAGUGGAGCAGGAAUCUGAUCUUGUGGUAGACACUGUUAAGAGGAGAUAGAAUGUGGUCAUUUUGUUAGAUUUGGUUAGGUGGAUUGGUAUUUGUGAUCUUUUUUAAGCGUUUGGAUAAACAAAAUAAGAAUUUAUUGAUUCAAGAUCACCUGUCCUCAAUGCCGGUAUGAAGAUUGUCCCUAGAUCGAAGCCUGCUGUAUUCAAUCCCCUACCGUCGAGUUUGGACGAAACAAUUUUAUUUUGAGGAAUAUCUGAGACUUUCAUUUGUGAUUCUAACAAGUUUUAUCAUCAUAUCUAAGUUUAACUUAGACUUAGGUAUAGAUGAAUCAUUGCGCUGCUCCAUAAACAAAUGUUAGUGCUGGUACUGAGUUUAUACAUGUAAAGAUAUAUGUAAAUACUUUUUUUUCAUUUUUGCUCAGACAAAUUUGGUCUUAUUUUUUUUGUGUGUUUCAUUAUUGUACAUAACAUUGUUCAAACCAAAGAUUUUUUUUCAGUGUUUUCCGUUUAAAUUUUCUGAAAGUAAAUUGAAAAAAUAUUUUACUUCUAAAAUCCUGUAUACAAAUCCUUACACUUUAAAUCCAUGAUGUGAUUUAGAAUUCUGAAGCAUUUUAUGUUCUUACAAUUAUCGUAUGUUUCAUUUCUGUGUAUGUUAUAGAUGCUGCUAGUGAAAUGGAAUGUCUGUUUGUAUACACAUAAUACAGUUCUUAAUAACUUUGAC